AGAACCACCUCCCUCAAAUUACGUUGCUCUCCAUGACCCAUCCUAAGUCUCACAGUUCAAGCUAAUCAUUGACAGAGCUUUACAAUCACAAGCUUUUUUACUGAAGCGUUGAUAAGACAGUCGAGCAGUCAGUGGCAAAUGAAGCCAGGCUGUGCGGCAUGAUCUCCAGGGAAUGAAUGGAUUUUCUUCAGCACCGAUGAAAGAAACAUACACUAUAGGAAAACAAUGUCCAGCGGGGGACUGCAAAGAUCUGUCAUCCUGUCAGCGUUUAUUCUCCUACGAGCUGUUACUGGAUUCUCUGGAGACGGAAGAGCUAUAUGGUCUAAAAAUCCUAAUUUUAGUCCGGUAAAUGAAAGUCAGCUGUUUCUCUAUGACACUUUUCCUAAAAACUUUUUCUGGGGCGUUGGAACUGGAGCAUUUCAGGUGGAGGGAAAUUGGAAGACAGAUGGAAAAGGACCCUCUAUAUGGGAUUAUUUCAUCCACACACACCUUAAAAAUGUCAACAGCAUGAAUAGUUCCAGUGACAGUUACAUUUUUCUGGAAAAAGACCUUUCGGCCCUGGAUUUUAUAGGCGUUUCUUUUUAUCAGUUUUCAAUUUCCUGGCCAAGGCUUUUCCCCGAUGGAAUAGUAUCAGUUGCCAACGCCAAAGGUCUCCAGUACUAUAAUACUCUUCUCAACGCUCUAGUGCUUAGAAACAUCGAACCUAUAGUCACUUUAUACCAUUGGGAUUUGCCUUUGGCGCUCCAAGAAAAAUAUGGGGGGUGGAAAAAUGAAACCGUAAUAGAUAUAUUCAAUGACUAUGCCACAUACUGCUUCCAGACGUUUGGGGACCGUGUCAAAUAUUGGAUUACAAUUCACAACCCAUAUCUUGUUGCUUGGCAUGGGUAUGGGACAGGUAUCCACGCCCCGGGAGAGAAGGGAAAUUUAGCAGCUGUCUACACCGUGGGACACAACCUGAUCAAGGCUCAUUCAAAAGUUUGGCAUAACUACAACAGAAAUUUCCGCCCGCAUCAGAAGGGUUGGUUAUCGAUCACGCUGGGAUCCCAUUGGAUUGAACCAAACAGAUCAGAAAAUACAAUGGAUAUACUCAAGUGCCAACAGUCCAUGGUUUCUGUGCUUGGGUGGUUUGCCAGCCCAAUCCAUGGGGAUGGUGACUAUCCAGAGGUGAUGAAAAAGAAGUUGCUCUCCGUUCUACCCCAGUUCUCUGAUGCGGAGAAGAAUGAGGUGAGGGGAACAGCAGACUUCUUUGCCUUUUCCUUCGGACCCAACAAUUUCAAGCCCCACAACACCAUGGCCAAAAUGGGACAAAAUGUGUCACUCAAUUUAAGAGAAGUGCUGAACUGGAUUAAGCUGGAAUAUGGCAAUCCCCGAAUCUUGAUUACAGAGAAUGGCUGGUUCACAGACAGUCACGUGAAAACUGAAGAUACCACAGCCAUCUACAUGAUGAAGAACUUCCUCAACCAGGUUCUUCAAGCAAUAAAGUUUGAUGAAAUACAAGUGUUUGGAUACACAGCCUGGUCCCUCCUGGAUGGCUUUGAAUGGCAGGAUGUUUACACCACUCGCCGGGGAUUGUUUUAUGUGGAUUUUAAUAGUAAACAUAAAGAAAGAAAGCCCAAGUCUUCAGCACGUUACUAUAAACAGAUCAUACAAGAAAAUGGUUUCACUUUAAAAGAGUCCACACCAGAUGUGCAGGGUCAGUUUCCCUGUGAUUUCUCCUGGGGUGUCACUGAAUCUGUCCUUAAGCCCGAGUCGGUGGCUUCCUCCCCACAGUACAGCGAUCCUCACCUGUAUGUGUGGAAUGUGACCGGCAAUAGACUGUUGCACCGAGUGGAAGGAGUGAGGCUAAAAACACGGCCUGCUCAAUGCACGGAUUUGGUCGGGGUCAAAAGACAGCUUGAGAUGUUGGCAAAAAUGAAGGUCACUCACUACAGGUUUGCUCUGGACUGGCCCUCAAUCCUUCCUACUGGCAACCUGUCCAUGGUUAAUCGACAGGCUCUGAGGUACUACAGGUGCGUGGUCAGUGAGGGGUUGAAGCUCAACAUCUCCUCAAUGGUCACACUGUACUAUCCGACCCAUGCCCACCUAGGCCUCCCGGAGCCGCUGCUGCACAGCGGGGGGUGGCUGAACCGGUCCACGGCCAAGGCCUUCCAAGACUACGCCGACCUGUGCUUCCGGGAGCUGGGGGACCUGGUGAAGCUCUGGAUCACAAUCAAUGAGCCCAAUCGGCUGAGUGACAUCUACGAGCGCUCCAGUAACGACACCUACUGGGCAGCCCAUCACCUGCUGAUCGCCCAUGCCCUGGCCUGGCACCUCUACGACCGUCAGUACAGGCCUGCGCAGCGCGGGGCCCUGUCGCUGUCUCUGCACUCGGACUGGGCUGAGCCCGCCAAUCCCUACGCCGACUCGCACUGGAAGGCGGCAGAGCGUUUCCUCCAGUUCGAAAUCGCCUGGUUCGCAGAACCUGUCUUCAAGAGCGGCGACUACCCCUUGGCCAUGAGGGAGUACAUUGCCUUCAAGAACAGGCAAGGGCUCUCGAGCUCCACGUUGCCACAGUUCACUGAGGAGGAGAGGAGGUUGGUCAAGGGCACUGCUGACUUCUACGCCCUGAACCACUUCACCACCAGGUUUGUGAUGCACGAGCGCCAGAACGGCAGCAGCUACGGCACAGACAGGGACAUCCAGUUUCUGCAGGACAUUACCUGCCUGAGCUCCCCCACUCGCCUGGCCGUGGUGCCCUGGGGAGAGCGCAAGGUGCUGAGAUGGAUCCGGAGAAACUAUGGAGACGUGGAUGUUUACAUCACGGCCAGUGGCAUCGACGACCAGUCUCUGGAAAAUGAUGAACUCCGAAAGUACUACUUAGAGAAGUACAUUCAGGAGGCUUUGAAAGCACACCUGCUUGAUAAAGUCAAAAUCAAAGGCUAUUACAUAUUCAAACUGACUGAGGAAAAAUCUAGACCCAGAUUUGGAUUCUUCACAUCUGAUUUCAAAGCUAAAUCCUCAAUCCAGUUUUACAACAAACUGAUCAGCAACAAUGGCUUCCCUUCUGAGAAUGGUAGUCCUCAAUGCAGUCAGACUCAUAGAAACACAGAGUGUAUUGUCUGCUUAUUUCUUGUGCAGAAGAAACCACUGAUAUUCUUUGGAUGCUGUUUCUUCUCCACCCUGCUUCUAUUUCUAUCAAUUACCAUUUUUCAUAAGCGAAAGAGAAGAAAAUUUUGGAAAGCUAAGAACUUACAACAUAUACCAUUAAAGAAAGGCCACAAGAGAGUUAUAAGCUAAAUUGCUAUGUCUGUAUGAUGGAAUAAAAAUUCACUCCAGUUCUAUAUACUGGUAACUGUAAGUUUCUAUACUUGUACUAUAGAAAAAAGACAAUUUGAAAUAAUAGUGACAGCCAAGGCAAUGACAAUCACUGUCUCUGCUCUAUGGUUCAAAUUUUCCCCUAGGUGUGACCUGAGUGACUUGGGUUCUUGGAUCUGAAGAUGUCACCUAGACAGUAAGAGGAUUAUCUGACACAUAGUUUCAUGAGUUUGAUGAGCUGUUUCCUAUCAUUCUUCUCCAGUUUUUUCUAUAAAUACCAAUAGUUACUUAUGAUAAAAGAAAUUUUGAAAAAAGGCGCAACUUUGUUAAUACACUCUAGCAGAUAUUUAAAUGAGGCUUUAAAUUUUUGUCUUUUUCUAGGGCUGCACCUGAUGCAUAUGGAGAUUCCCAGGCUAGGGGUCAAAUCAGAGCCGUAGCUGCUGGUCUACACCACAGCCACUGGGGAUCUGAGCUGCUGCAUCUUUGACCUAUACCACAGCGCACAGCAACGCUGGAUCUAUAACUCACUGAGUCCAGGGAUUGAACCCGAAACCUCAUGAUUCCUAAUUGGAUUUGUUAACCACUGAGGCACGAUGGAACUCCUUAAACUCUUAAAACUGGAUAGUCAAUAACAAAUUGUCAUUUUUUUCUUUUUUUUAUCUUUUUGCCUUUUCUUGAGCCGCUCCAGCAGCAUAUGGAGGUUCCCAGGCUAGGGGCUGAAUCGGAGCUGUAGCCGCUGGCCUACACCGGAGCCACAGCAACGUGGGAUCCGAGCCACGUCUGCAACCUACACAGCUCACGGCAAUGCCGGAUCGUUAACCCACUGAGCAAGGCAGGGACCGAACCCACAACCUCACGGCUCCUAGUCAGAUUAACCACUGCACCACGACGGGAACUCCAAAUUGUCACAUUUUUUUCUGGUCUUUUUAGGGCAGCACCCACAGCACAUGGAGGUGCCUAGGCUAGAGGUCAAAUUGGAGCUGUAGUCUCCAGCCUACGCCACAGCUACACCAGAUCCCAGCCACAUCUAUGAUCUGCACAGCUCAAGGCAAUGCUGGAUCCUCAAUCCACUGAACCUGGGUCCUCAAAGAUGUCAGGUUCGUUACUGGUAAGCCACCGCAGGAACUCCAAAUUGUUACUUCUAACAAGGUGCUUUCCCCUUUGGUCAGGGUAGUUAUCAAAUGGAAAGAGAGACAAGGUAGAUAGUGCUUGUCUACAGCCAGUUACAGUAUAGACCAAAGCGUAUCAAUCCCUUAGUUUUUCUCAACAGAAAUUAAAAAUAACCACUUAUAAAACAUAUAAUUCUUUGAGGUCCUCUAAUCACGAUUUUUAAAAAGUAACAUUUCCAUAACUCAUCUUAAGAUCAGAGGACUAAAUGACAUUCCUCACCUGAAUUCUAUGAGGUGACCAGACAUACUUAUUAGCCAAAUAUUCUGUCGAGAUGGAGUGUAUCUUACAAUGAAGUUGCCAAAGGGGCAUUUAUCCCUUAAGAGUUGUUCUCUGCCCUGUAGUGCUGACACCACAUGAAAGUAGGAACCUAAGAUGCAACUGUACGUGGACCUCCUGACUCUGGACAAUGCAAUGUUGACCUGAACACGCUGAAAACUUCUUACACUGGGACUUUUGAAGCAGGGAUUAAGUAAAUCUUAAAUCUGUUUGCCUUUUUUUUUUUUUUUUUUUUUUUGGCUUUUUAGGGCCGCACCGCCUUUAGAAGUUCCCAGGCUAGAGGUCCAAUCGAACUGUAGCUGCUGGCCAACACCACAGCACAUGGCAACGCCAGAUCCUUAACCCAUUGAGGUCAGCGACUGAACCUACAUCCUCAGAUUUGUUUCCCCUGAGCCAUGCCAGGAAUUCCUGCAGUUUUUCUUUAAUUCUGUGCUCAAGAUUCAUUUGGUGUAUUCUAAAUGCUGAAGAAAACCUGAAUAUUGGAGUUCCUGUCAUGGCUCAGUGGUUAACGAAUCUGACUAGGAACCAUGAGGUUGCGGGUUUGAUCCCUGGCCUUACUCAGUGGGUUAAGGAUCCGGCAUUGCCGUGAGCUGUCGUGUAGGCCAGCAAGCUACAGCUCCAAUUAGACCCCAAACCUGGGAACCUCCAUAUGCCACGGGUGCAGCCCUAGAAUAGACAAAAAGACAAAGAAAAAAGGAAACCUGAAUGUAAACCUAUGUAUACCAUUCUUUAGAUGAGUUAGUAUUUAAAUAACCAUCCACUGUCCACCCUCUCCUGGAAUUUAGACGGAGUCAAACACAACUGAGAUUCCUAUUGAUACUGACAAUAGCAUUACGUUUUCAAUAUUGAAGGUAUUCUAACACAAUUGGUCAAUUCAAGCAAAUAUGAAAGUGAUGGAAAGUCAGUCUAUUCAGCUGGCCAAAUUCAAAUAGUAAAAUUUUGUUGUGUUUUUCUAUUCUCCUUAUCCCCACUGUACCCCUCCUCCAAUCUCUGCAGUUUUUGUUAUGUUUUGCAAGGAAAUCUUAAUAUUUAAGGCGGUACAGUUACAGUAACUAGUCAGUUGUAUUCUUCCCAAUAGUAAAGUCCCUAAGCCAAUGCUUACUAACUUUCCUUUUUGUCACUUGGGAAUUGUUUUACUAGUUUUUAAACAAUUAUAAUACAGAAGUAUGUAAUCUGGCUCAUGACCUACUUUUUGCAAAUCAUAAAAGAUCAACUAGCUUUUGACAGUACAAGAAUUUUAAGCUGAGACUUGGAAGAAAAAAAAUCAAUGUAAUUUGUGUUACUUUGUACAUUGCUACAUUCCGUGUAUUCAAUAUUACAACCCAAUACUAUUGCUGUCUUUCACUAAGUCUGAUAUCAUAAUCAUGGUGUUUGAAGAGCCUCGGGAAAAUGUCAGGACAUUGUGACUACAUGUUUAAUUCUCAAUGUAAUUUAUUCCAAAUAAACUGGCUUAUGCUGAUUAUUUAUAUAUUCAA